UAGCUAUCUCCUCCUUUCUCUUUUGGGCCGGGGAAGGUCCAAACAUGGCUUUAAUACUUGGAAACUUCUCCUUUCAACGUUUCUCUUCAUCGCCCAGUUUCGCUUCCAUAAAGAGAACUUUCCCAUAUACUAAAUUUUCUACGGCAGCUACCAUCGCCUAUCCCAAGUCUAAGGAAGCUAGCAAACUCGUCAUCAAGAAGCCAUGCUUGGCACCGGAGAAGAUUGAAAUCUUCAAAUAUUUGGAUGAUUAUUGGUCAGAGAAGAACCUUUUGAUUCAUCUGAAACCGGUCAAAAAAUGUUGGCAACCCCAGGAUUUUCUGCCAGAUCCUGCUUCGGAUGGAUUCAUAGAGCAAAUCAAGGAAAUGAGAGAAAGAGCAAAAGAAAUUCCUGAUGAAUAUUUCGUUGUGCUGGUAGGGGAUAUGAUCACGGAGGAAGCCCUCCCAACAUACCAAACAAUGGCAUAUAGGCCUGAGGGAGCUCAAGAUGAAACAGGGGCCAGCCUCAAUCCUUGGUCAAUUUGGACGAGGUCAUGGACGGCUGAGGAGAACCGACACGGUGAUCUUCUCAACAGGUAUCUCUAUCUCUCUGGACGAGUAGACAUGAGACAAGUUGAGAAGACAGUUCAGUAUCUAAUAGGAUCUGGAAUGGAUACUGGCACAGGAAACGACCCUUAUCUAUUUCCCAUUUACACAUCAUUUCAAGAGAGGGCAACCGCUAUCUCCCAUGGGAACAUGGGGAGGCUGGCCAAGGAGAAAGGAGACUUGAAAUUAUCUCAAAUCUGCGGCACCAUUGCAGCAGACGAAAAGCGCCACGAGACUGCAUAUGGUAAGUUAGUAGGAAAGUUGUUCGAGCUGGAUCCUGACGGAACUGUCCAAGCUUUUGCCUACAUGAUGUGGAGGAAAAUCACCAUGCCAGGGGAGUUGAUGUAUGACGACCACGACAACAACCUUUUCAUGCACUUCUCAGCUGUUACCGGAAGUGUUGGGGUUUAUACUUUCAGCGAUUAUAUUGAUAUAUUGGAUGUCCUGGUGGAGAAGUGGAAAGUGAGGGAUCUUACUGGACUUUCAGCUGAAGGGCAGGAGGCUCAGGAAUUUGUGUGCGACCAUUUGCCACGGAGACUUAGAAGGCUGGAGGAGAGAGCUGAAAAAAGGGCCAAGAAGAAAAGACAAACUAUUCCAUUUAGCUGGAUCUUCAACAGAGCAGAGGAGAGGAAGACACUCGAGGCGGGAUGGGAGGAUUUUAGCAUUAGCCCUAGCCACAACAGAGGAAAAGAAGAGAUGAAAAGUAAAUCCGCUGCUGUUGAGAUGAAUUAGAGGAAAAAGGAGCUAGCUAGGAGCCUGGACAUGGUAUAGCCGCCUUCAAUUUGUGCUUGAAUUUUGACAGCCAAACUCAAAUUAAAUACAAAGAUCAGUUAGGUUAGUCACUGUAAGUGUUAUUUCUUUUUGCUUGGCGUAGGCUGUGUAUAGCAUUUAAUCAAAGGCAUAAAUAGUUAACUUUUAU